AAGAAAUAGAAGAAACACUUGAUGAAGUUGUAGAUAGUAUUAAAGAAAUACAAACAUUGUACAGGGGAAAUAUUACUACACUUUCAGAAAACAGAAAACAAAUUGAAAAGCAGGUUCAGGAAAUUCGUUUUAAGAUCGAUACCCACCUCAAUGAAAUACAGAAGAAGUUGGUAGAUGAACUACAAGAAAUAGAGGAAACAGAAGGAAGAAAAGUUUCCCAGCUGCUUAAAACAUUAGAGGAAAAAGAGAAUAAUUUAACAAAGUACCAGAAUUUAAUUGCAAAUAUCAAGCAGCAUGCUUCUGACCUCCAGGCAUUUAUGUCAAUAAAAAAAAAUGGAGCAGGAUUUACCUAACGAAGAAGAGUUCACUCAAUCAUGCCUUGACGGAGACAAAGUGAAUAUAAGAGUCAUCACAUCAAAAAUCGAUGAAAAUGUUGAAACCAUCAUGAAAAACGUAAAACAAAUAGGGGAAAUAGUUGUAGUAGUAAAACCGACCAAAGCUAUUAUACGAGAAAGAAUGAAACGCCAAGCUCAAAUAAUUAUUCCAAAAAUACAAACAAAAUCAAUCGAUAAUAUUACAGCUCAGCUGCAGCAGACGAUAAAAAUGACUUCUAAAGACGUAAGAGGUUGUUGUAUUCUCCCAGAUGGUAGAAUGGCAUUUACCUGCACUGAGAGGAGGAAGUUAAUUUUGAUGAAGGCCAACGGUACCAAAGAUUUUGAGAUGAAAUUACUAGGUGCAUACGAUGUCGCAAAUGGAACAAAAGAUAACACGGUUAUUGUAUCGUCAUGUCUCCGUAAAAGUGGUAUCAGUAUUGUCGACAUCCAGGACAGGAAGAUAAAGAAGUUUAUCCCUGACGAAUACCAAUGUUUUGGUUUAGUAGAACGAAACGGAAACGUAAUAUUUUGUUCCGGUUUUCUGAAGAUGUUAAACCUGCACACUGAAACUGUUCGCACUAUCAAAACUGGAAACGUAUCCUCAUUUUCGUAUGUUGAUACAAAUGGAAAGAACAUUUAUUAUACUAAUACUUCAAAUUCUGGCCAUUCGGUAACAUGCUGUGACUUUCAGGGUGUCAUUAAAUGGACAUUUAAAGAUGAAAAUAUUUUGAAAAAUACCCUGCGAAUCUCUGUAGAUGAGGAUGGCUUCGCGUUUGUAUUAUCAAAUAAUUCAGUAGUACUUAUCUCGCCUUGUGGUACGAAGCAUUGGACACUUUUAUUAUCUAGUGACGGACUUAAUGAAGCUCAGGCGCUGCAUUAUGACAAAGCAAGAGAUAUUUUGUUAGUUGCAUAGAGGCAAGAGAAAGCAUUUUUGUACAAAACAGAUCGAAACUAGAAUAAAAGAUUCAGAUAAAAA